GAGGGCAGUUUGAAGCAAAACUGACGGGGUGGUAAAAGUAAACAUGUUUUAAAAUCCAUACAGCUAGCUACCAAAAUACUACUGUCAAUAUUGCCUUAUGUGGCAGACUAUAAAUUGCAUAAGUCAACUUGUCAAAAAAGUAGCUCACAAAAAUAUAAGAUAGUUAGGUAGUCUCUCAAGUAGUUAGCAAGCUAGCGUGUUUAGCUAGCAAGGAAGUCACCCUAGCUAACGUUAGCUAGCUCGAUAACAUGGUUUGCGAAUUGUUGCAUGUUUUUCUUGAUUAUUUGGCUUCAUACAACGCAGUUGAAAUGUAACUUUAUAAUAUUUAGCAAGCUAGCUAGCGAGUUAACUUUCCAAUUUAAACAAUGGCAAGCGUACAUGAAAGUUUGUAUUUCAACCCAAUGAUGACAAAUGGGGUGGUCCAUGCCAAUGUCUUUGGCAUCAAAGAUUGGGUGACUCCGUAUAAAAUCUCCGUUCUGGCCUUGCUCUAUGAGAUGACCACGUCAAAACCAAUUGCUCUUCAGGAAAGAAGGCGCUUGAACAAACUCAUCCUGCCUCUACAACAGGUUGGAAUAUCUAUUGAUCACAUUACAACUUAUACUUUCAACUGUCAAUUGCUUGCUUUUCUUUAUCAAAGGUUUGUCUGUCUAUCAGGGUCCAGACUUGACUCUUGGCCAAUUCCUGAAGACUGUGGAAGAAUGUUGCCCUCAAACAGCAUUUGCUGUGAAACUCCGGUAUGGACGAGUCCUUGACUCAAUUGCUGUGGCCUAGGCCUAUGUUUAGUGUAAGAGGUCAGUGCUGCAUGUUAUCUGCUCUUUCACCACACACAUUUUCUCUUCACAGGUUACAAGAAAUGGCUGAUGGAGAGCUGAAGGACAUGGAAUAUUUCUUUGCCACCCUCCCCACUCCUUUCAGCGCUAUUGAUUCUGAGGCGUAUAAGACCAGUGUUGUUGGUGAGUAAUCGUAUGCAUCAUUUGAUUCAAAAGUCCAAAGGUUGGAUCAACUGAGCAUCGUGUUUAGUUAGAGAGCGGUGCUGUAUGAUUUUCCUUAGAAUUUAUGGCACAUGAUCUUGUCUUCUUUAUGUUUUCUCAGGCCUGUUCAUGAGACACAUGCUCCUGGCCUACAACAAGCUGUCUUUCAGCCAGGUGUACAAACUGUACAAAGCCCUGCAGCAGUACUACCACAGUCACUACGCCCAGCCUGGUGAUGUCCAGGUGGGGCUGCCUGCAGAUGACUCUGACAUGGACCUCACCAGCACAGAGGACACAGUAGGGGAGAGGAUGGAGAAGGAGGAGCUGGACACUGCACCGCUGCAUGAGUCUGAGCUAAGGUUUGUAUAAUUCCCUUGUAUAAGUAAAAGCAGAGGUGGUUGUAGAGGGAGUACUGUGUUAGUAUUGAUUACAUUUUAGUAAUUUAGCAGACGCCCUUAUCCAGAGCUACUUACAAUUUACAACUCUUUGAAGUGGUAGGGUUUCAAAUGUUUUCGGAAGAUGGGCAGGGACUCUGCUGUCUUAGCUUCAGGGGGAAGCUGGUUCCACCAUUGGGGUGCCAGGAAGAGAAGCGCUUUGACUGGGCUGAGCGGGAGCUGACCCCCGUAGGGGUGGAACAGCCAAGAGACCAGAGGUUGCAGAGCGGAGUGCUCGGGUUGGGGUGUAGGGUUUGAGGAUGGCCUGAAGGUAGGAAGGAGCAGUUCCCCUUGCUACUCUGUAGGCAAGCACCAGGGUCUUGUAGUGGAUGCAAGCUUCGACUGGAAGCCAGUGGAGUGUGCGGAGGAGCGGGGUGACAUGGGAGAACUUGGGAAGGUUGAACACCAGGCAUGAUGACAUGUAGUAAUCAUUCUCAUCAGUGUGAUGGUCAUCAGCUUAUCCUUUGCACAUUUCUCUUUUUCCUUAUUUGCUACCUUUUGUUCUAUAGAAAUGAGGAUGCCCCGAGCAGAGGCCCACUCUCGCAGAAGCAAGCAGAGUACUUUCUUGCUAGACAGGCGUACCUUCUAAAGAAUGAUGAGAACAAAGCCCUGAAGCCAGCUGCCCUGCAGGACGAGCUGAACAACAUGCUCAAGUUCAACCCUGACUUUGCUGAGGCGGUGAGGCUCUACUAUCAUAUAAUAUGGACUCACCCAAACAAACAUGACAUAAAAUAUGUCUUGAACAGAAAGUGAGUUUUUCAGUGAUUUCCGGUCAACCUGAUUGUGCUUGAGGCAGCUGUUGUGUGUUUUGUGACUCUGCAGCAUUACCUGAGCUACCUGAACAGCAUGCGAGUCCAGGACAUCUUCAUCUCCACCCACAGUCUGUUACAUUACUUUGACCGCCUCAUCCUGUCGGGAAGCGAGGGAAAGAGCAACGGGGACGAAGGAUACGGGAGAAGUCUCCGCUACGCUGCCCUCAACCUGGCAGCACUGCACUGUCGCUUUGGGCACUAGUGAGUAGUGGUGGGGAAAGUUUGUGUCAAUUUAAGUUGCAAUUUAUUUAUGCAAUAUUGAUUCAUGUCAAAAUAAAAAUCAACUCCAACUCUUGACUUAGUCAACAGGCUGACCUGGCUCUACAGGAAGCUAUCCGAAUCGCCCAGGAGUCCAAUGAUCACGUUUGCCUGCAGCAUUGCCUGGUAGGAGCUUUUCCUUUUGUGUUAUGCUCUACAUACAGUAUUUACACAAUAUGGGUGGUCAAGGUUGGUCCGUGUCUAUACCUUGUAUCACUUUCUCAGCACCAAUACUGUACCUGUGUAAUCAUCUAUGAAUGUCUUUGUAUCUCUUUCAGAGUUGGCUUUAUACGCUGGAACAGAUGAAAGGAUCUGACAGUUCUGUGCUAACUGAGGACUCUGUGAAAAUGGCUGCCCACUUCUGUCUACCGGUAAGAAUAGCAUGACCGUGCAGAGAAGACUGGAGCACUCCAGGUUCUCGUACCGUUUUAUGCAAUACAUUCAGAUAAUAGGCAGAAUCUACCGCACACCCAAAGCUGAUUUGUGAAGGUGGUGGAGGCAAAAGGCAAAACAGGAAUAAGUCUCCGCACACUUCCAGCCAGAUGUUAAUUUAUUUAAAUUAUAGCUGAGCUUUCGGUCAGUCGACAUUCAUCAGAACAUAUCUCCACAAACAAUAGUGGGACAGAUAAUGCCACACAGCGAGCCAGAGGUAAUUGCAGACACCUGUGGUAAUCUAAAGUACCCACAAGGGCCACAAGUUCUCAUAUCAGAUAGCAAUACAGGAUAGAACAGAACAUGUUAUAGAUGUAUUUCUACUCUAACAAAAACGCAUGUACACAGGGAAUGUGGUGUUGUCAUAAGGAACCCAUACCCUCAAAGAGAGAGCAAUAAAGCCGAAAAACUUUAAAAGGAAAGAAAAGGAAAACAUAUACAUCGCUAUAUACAGUGUAUUCGGAAAGUAUUCAGACCCCUUGACUUUUUCCACAUUUUAUGUUACAGCCUUAUUUUAAAAUUGAUUAAAUAGUUUUUUACCCUAAUCAAUCUACACACAAUAUCCCAUAACGACAAAGCAAAAACAAGUUUUUAGAAUUUUUAGCAAAUUUCUAAAAACAUUAAAACAGAAGUUACAUUUACAUAAGUAUUCAGACCCUUUACUCAGUACUUUGUUGAAGCUCCUUUGGCAGUGAUUAUAGCCUUGAGUCUUCUUGGGUAUGACACUGCAAGCUUGGCACACCUGUAUUUGGGCAGUUUCUCCCAUUCUUCUCUGCAGAUCCGCUCAAGCUCUGUCAAGUUGGCAUGGGGAGCGUCACUGCACAGCUAUUUCCAGGUCUCUCCUUAGAUGUUUGAUUGGGUUCAUGUCCGGGCUCUGGCUGGGCCACUCAAGGACAUUGAGACUUGUCCCGAAGCCACGCCUGUGUUGUCUUGGCUGUGUGCUUAGGGUCGUUGUCCUGUUGGAAGGUGAACCUUCACCCCAGUCUGAGGUCCUGAGCAGGUUUUCAUCAAGGAUAUUUCUGUACUUUGCUCCGUUCAUCUUUCCCUCGAUCCUGACUAGUCUCCCAGUCCCUACCGCUAAAAAACAUCCCCACAGCAUGAUGCUGCCACCACCAUGCUUCACCGUAGGGAUGGUGCCAGGUUUCCUCCAGACGUGACGCUUGGCAUUCAGGCCAAAGAGUUCAAUCUUGGUUUCAUCAGACCAGAGAAUGUUGUUUCUCAUAGUCUGAGAAUCCUUUAGGUGCCUUUUGGCAAACUCCAAGCGGGCUGUCAUGUGCCUUUUACUGAGGAGUGGCUUCCAUCUGGCCACUCUACCAUAAAGGCCUGAUUGGUGGAGUGCUGCAGAGAUGGUUGUCCUUCUGGAAGGUUCUCCCAUCUCCACAGAGGAACACUGGAGCUCUGUCAGUGACCAUCGGGUUCUUGGUCACCUCCCUGACCAAGGCCCUUCUCCCCCGAUUGCUCAGUUUGGCCGAGCAGCCAGCUCUAGGAAGAGUCUUGGUGGUUCUAAACUUCUUCCAUUUAAGAAUGAUGGAGGCCACUGUGUUCCUGGGGACCUUCAAUGCUGCAGAUAUUUUUUGGUACUCUUCCCCAGAUCUGUGCCUCGACACAAUCCUGUCUCAGAGCUCUACGGAAAAUUCCUUCGACCUCAUGGCUUGGUUUUUGCUCUGACAUGCACUGUCAACUAUGGGACCUUAUAUAGACAGGUGUGUGCCUUUCCAAAUUAUGUCCAAUCAAUUGAAUUUACCACAGGUGGACUCCAAUCAAGUUGUAGAAACAUCUCAAGGAUGAUCAAUGGAAACAGGAUGCACCUGAGCUCAAUUUCGAGUCUCAUAGCAAAGGGUCUGAAUACUUAUGUAAAUAAGAUAUUUCCGUUUAUAAUUUUUUAUAAAUUUGCAAACAUUUCUAAAAACCUGUUUUCACUUUGUCAUUAUGGGGUAUUGUGUGUAGAUUUUAGGGAUUUAUUUUAGUCAAUUUUAGAACAAGGCUGUAACGAAACAAAAUGUGGAAAAGGGGAAUGGGUCUGAAUACUUUCCGAAUGCACUGUGCAUAUGUAGAACCAGGAGAAAUCUAGACAAAACUAGAUAAAAGUUAAGGUAACCUGUUGGGGAAGUAUCAGCCACUAGGGCCAUCAUGAAUACAGGACACCCUAAUACCAGGGAGGGUGUGUGUGAAGCUAAGAUGAUGACAAUAGGAAUUACAACAUGACCCUCAUCAAAAUCCUCAUAAAGUCCUAACGGCUGUAGGGUGCCUAAAGUAUGAAUCCAGAGGAGUUCUCUCUAGCAGAGGUUAUGGUCAUUAGCUCCUCCUCUUGGUGACACUUCCACUUUCUCAAUACCCUGGAAUUGUAGAGAAGGCGCACUGGAUAAAGUGAAACGCAACAGAGUAAUUUUCAUCCUUGCGUCUUAUAGAAGAAGUCUUAUGUUCACUUGUUCUCUGUUUCAAGCUUCUGUAUGUCUUGCCCAUGUACAUGUUAUCACAAACACAGCGUAGGAUGUAAAUCACGUUUUGUGUUGCAUGUGAUCAUGCCUUUAACACUAUAUUUUUCCAGACCUAGGGUGUCGGAACUGUUCUUUUUUGGUGAUGUUGCACUGAGCACCAUUUGCCACAGGGGUAAUUUAUAUCUCUCAGGGGAGUAAGGAGGGUUGUUUAGAAACCCUGUAGACGCUGGCUCGGACUAGUCUACUGCGAAGACUGGGGCCCCGUUUGUAGAUUAAUAAGGGGGGGGGGGGGGUUCUUGAAUUCCUGGCUGAGUGCCCGGGUCUGAGGUGAGCAUAUGCCAGUGCUUCAUCACUAUGUUUUUAAUCAUAAAGGCUUUGGGCGUGAAUUUACACUGAACUAAAAGAGAAACGCAACAUGUGAAGUGUUGGUCCCAUGUUUCAUGAGCUGAAAUAAAACAUUUAAAAUAGAAAGGAAAACGCCGCACACUGCUGCUCAUGCUUUAGGUCUUCAUCAGGCGUCCUGAUCACCUGAGAGCAUGAGAAGCAGUGUGCAGUGUUUUGCUUUUGAUUUUCCAUGAGUUCACCUACAACUCCAGCACCUGCAGAAAGUACCUGGAUGUGCGCAUGUUCUUCAGCUUUUGUACUGAAAUAGAAAAUCCCAGAAAUUGUCAGUUCGCACAAAAAAACGUAUUUCUCUCAGAUUUUGUGCACAAAUUUGUUAACAUCCCUGUUAGUGAGCGUUUCUCCUUAGCCUAUAUAAUCCAUCCACCUGACAGGUGUGGCAUAUCAAUAAGCUGAUUAAAUAGCAUGAUCAUUACACAGGUGCACCUUGUACAGGGGACAAUAAAAGGCCUCUUUAAAAUGUGCAGUUUUGUCACACAACACAAUGCCACAGAUGUCUCAAGUUUUGAAGGAGAAUGCCAUUGGCAUGCUGACUGCAGGAAUGUCCUCCAGAUCUGUUGCCAGAUAAUUGAAUGUUCACUUCUCUAUCAUAAGCUGCCUCCCACGUCGUUUUAGAGAAUUUGGCAGUACGUCCAACCGGCCUCACAAAACCGCAGACCACGUGUAACCACGGCAGCCCAGGACCUCCACAUCUGGCUUCUUCACCUGCGGGAUCGUCUGAGGGGGGGUGCUGAGGAGUAUUUCUGUCUGUAAUAAAGCCCUUUUGUGGGGAAAAACUCAUUCUGAUUGGCUGUGCCUGGCUCCCCAGUGGGUGGGCCUGGCUGCCAGUGGGUGGACCUAUGCCCUCCAAGGACCACUCAUGGCUGCACCCCUGCCCAGUCAUGUGAAAUCCAUAGAUUAGGGCCUAAUUUAUUUAUUUCAAUUGACUGAUUUCCUUAUAUGAACUGUAACUCUGUAAAAUCGUUGAAAUUGUUGCAUGUUGCGUUUUUAUAUUUUUGUUCAGUAUAGUUGAACUUGAGAACUAGAGAAGCUGUUCACAGAGGAAUUCACUAGGUGGUGACAUUUCUCCAUCACGGUCCUGUAGGUAAUAUCCCAGUGCAUCUAGGCCUUUUUCAUGAGAGAUAUUCGUGUAGAGCAGGGGUGUCAAACUCAUUUUAGCUCAGGGGCCACAUGGAGGAAAAUCUAUUCCCAAGUGGGCCGGACCGGAAAAACCAUGGUAUAUAUAACUUAAAAACAACAACUUCAGAUUGUUUUCUUUGUUUUAAUACGAUCAACAUACAACAUAAAGCUGGAGCCUGAGGACAGUGUGUCCAAAAUAGUACAAGCACAACAUCACUAUUAAUCAUAAAACACGUCAAGUUUAUUUGAAAAUUCUAAAGAAAAAGAACACACAAACACACAAUGCCUCAGUGAUUAACAGAACUGUUUCACAGAUCACAGAACUAUAUCAGGGUGUCAUUUCUCAGGCAGAAAUGUAGAUAAAAAUAAUGAAAUCCUGUUCCCCAAACAAGUGCAAGAACCACAGAGUCAAGAAUAGGUUAAAUAUACAAAUACAAUAAAAUCAAUUAAAAACAAUAGCACAUCAACAUAAAAACAUAUAAACAUAAAUCUGAAAGCGUUGCUCAAACUCCCGUAACAGUCCCGUUAUUUUAUCUUUGAACCGCUUCAUGUCUGCCACAUGUUGGGUCGCGCACACAUUCUUCAGACAGGGGAAGUGAGCUGCAUCACCACCGGCAAGUUGCGUCUCCCACAAUGACAGCUUCAACUUGAAAGAACGUAUGCUGUCAUAAUACUGCGUGACAACUUUGUUGCGCCCUUGCAGCUGUUUGUUCAAGUUAUUCAGGUGCUCUGUAACAUCCACCAUAAAUGCAAGGUCCGGCAUUCCAUCUGCGGAAUGAAAUUCUAACACUGGUUUGCCCUUUUCUUCCAUGAACUGUUCAAUUUCUUCUCGUAAAUCAAAGAAACGCCUCAGCACAGCACCUCGGCUUAACCAUCUUACCUCAGUGUGGUAUGGCAGGCCAUAGAUGUGGUCUUUCUCUCUGAGAAGGCUGUCAAACUGACGGUGAUUCAGGCUUCUGGAUCGGAUGAAAUUAACAGUUUGGAUGACCACCUUCAUGACGUUAUCCAUCUUUAAUGACUUGCAACACAAAGCCUCCUGGUGCAAAAUACAGUGAAAAGUCAAAAAAUCACGUCCUCCAUUUGCAGAUUGCACUUUCUCUCUGAACUUUGUCACAACGCCUGCUUUUUUCCCGAUCAUUGAGGGCGCACCAUCUGUAGCCAGGCUGACAGCGCGGGACCAGUCCACUCCGACCCUGUCCAGCGCGCCGACGAGUGCGGUAAAAAUAUCAGCUGCUGUCAUUGUAUCUGUCAUCGGCACCAACUCCACGAACUCCUCGGUGACGGUCAAUGUGUCAUCAACUCCGCGGAUGAAAAAAUGGCCAGUUGUGCAACAUCUGUAAUGUCCGUGCUUUCAUCAAUUGCAACCGAAAACGCAAUAAAUGACUUUACUUUUUGCUUCAACUGGCUGUCCAAAUCCACUGAAAGAUCGGAAAUCCUGUCUGCAACUGUGUUUCUUGUCAGGCUGAUAUUUGCAAAAGCCUGCCGCUUUUCAGGGCACACAAUCUCCGCUGCCUUCAUCAUGCAUGUUUUUACAAAUUCACCCUCACUAAAUGGUUUUGAAGCCACUGCGAUUUCAUUAGCAAUGAGGUAGCUAGCUUUCACUGCAGCGUCACUGAUGUCUCGGCUGUGAGUAAACACAGACUGCUGUUUCUUCAGACCCGCCAACAGUUCAUUCACCUUCUCUCAUCUCCGCUGUCCUUGAAAGUUGUCAUAUUUGUCGGCAUGAAGACUCACAUAGUGGCGACGAAGGUUAUAUUCUUUCAGCACUGCAACAUGCUCUGAACACACCAAACAUACAGCUUUCCCAUUCAAUUCCGUGAAUAAAUAGGAUGACCAUUUUUCUUGGAACACUCUGCACUCUGCGUCCACUUUUCUCUUUUUUGACAGAGACAUAUUGGGGCAAUGAGGGUGCCAAAGCACGUAAUGUUAAAGUAGAAGCCGUAAUAAAUAUCGCGGGCAAAACAAAGUAGCUCAUUGGCUGCACGUGCUUGACCUACUUGCUCUGCCCCGGUAUAAACAGUUUGCUUGCUUAACACAAUUGCUAUUGCGCCAUCCAGUGGACGCAAUUGGAACAGCAGUUUAUUUUAUUGAAAAAUUGCAGCGCAUUUUUAUACUUUACCCAAAAAAUUUUUUAUUAUUAUUAUUCUUAUUAUUUUUUUAAAUCAUCUCGCGGGCCGGAUUAAACCCGUUUGCCGGCCUGAUCUGGCCCGCGGGCCGUACGUUUGACACCCCUGGUGUAGAGGCUUUCUAGAUCAGAUGUAGCCAAUAUGAUGUUGUCAGGGAGAUUAAUCAGUUCUGAUAUUUUAUUAAUCACAUCUGUAGAAUCUUUGACGAAGCUGGGAGUUUUUGCACAAUCGGCUUAAUUAAUGAAUCAACAUAGUUGGAGAGUGGGUCUAGAAGAGAGUCUAUACUGGCAACGAUGGAUCUGCCCUUAUGUUUUAAACUGAGAGGUCAGGCUAUGGGAGUUCAGUAGAUCCAGGUGUUUACUAAGCCUCACAUUACCUUCAGCCUCUCUCUCUCCUUGUCAGUACCUGGCGUCUCUGGGCAUUCAGUCCCUAGUCCAGCAGGGGGCGAUCCAGGGCAAGACAGCCCAUGAGCUGAUGGAUGCUCUGAAGGACACAGACAUCCUGCACUGGAAGCACAGCCUGUCAGAGCUUAUAGACAUCAGCCUAGCUCAGACUACGUCCAUAUGGAGAAUGUAUGGCAAGAGGUGGGUCUCCUUCACGCAUCCUGAUGCUCCCUGACAAUCAGAAUCCACACUGUACAGAAUUCUAACCAGUGAGUUUAUCUUUCAGUAUAAAACCUGUUUUUUACUUGCAUAGUAAAAAAAAAAGUGACUGUCAGUUAUUGAUGUCCAGUCUUGACUAAUUUAAUCCAUCCAACACAUAUUCACUGACUGCAUGUCUCCAACAUCCAUGUUCUGUCAUGUCCUGUUGUACGUAUGUGUUCUUCCAGCACCAUGGCUCAGCAGCAGGCCCAGCUCCUCCUGAACAUGAAUAGCCUGGAGCAGGUUAACUUUGGGGUCCAGCAGAACAACACAGAGGCCUUUGCUGUGGCCCUCUGCCACCUGGCUGAGCUGCAUGCUGAACAGGUACUGUAGUUAGUACACCUCAUCCCACCUCUGUCUCUCCGGCUUCAGUCCCACUAUCACAUCUCCCUCGGUCCUCGUUUAGUCACUCAGGGCCGUUUCAUAAGCAUUGAUGUGAUCCAGAUUACAGCUCAGGAGAUGUGCACUUGUGUAGGCUGUUAGUGAGGCCUGCGCUAGUUACAUGUUCCUGUCCCUCUCCCUCCAGGGCCUGUAUGGCGCUGUGUCUGAGGUCCUGAAGCAUCUGAAGGAGCAGUUUCCACCUCACACCCAACAUGCCAAGGUGAGCCAUUCUGAACUCCAACUCUUCUCUAUCCAUCAACUUUAGACUUGACCUCAAUCCCCAUGUUUAGCACUUUCCUAUUGCUAUAGUAAACAGAAACACCAUUGCUCUCGAGUGGCGCAGCGGUCUAAGGCACUGCAUCUCAGUGCUUGAGGCGUCACUACAGACCACCUGGUUCGAUUCCAGGCUGUAUCGCAACCGGCCGUGAUUGGGAGUCCCAUAGGGCGGCGCACAAUCGGCCCAGCGUCGUCCGGGUUUGGCUGGUGUAGGCCGUCAUUGUAAAUAAGAAUUUGUUCUUAACUGACUUGCCUAGUUAAAUAAAGGUAAAAUACAAAUAAUAGGCAAUGUCACUGACAUGGCUGGUAUGAAGUGGGCUGUAGGGAACUAACUUAAUUAUAAUGGUUUGUGUUCUCUAUCACCAAGCUGUGGAUGCUCUGUGACAUCAAGAUCCAGUUUGACAGAGCUAUGAAUGAUGGGAAAUACCACUUGGCGGAGCCCCAUGUCACAGCCAUUGCUGCCUUGAACAAAACUGAGGGUCUCUAUAGGUAAGGAAGGGUCUUGACUCAGAACAGAGAACACCUUUACACAGUCUUCCAGUGUUGUAGCUAUCUGUAUGUGUGUCGUUCCACCAAUUCAGUGCCUUUUGAGAAGUGUAACUUGGUCCAAAAAACCUUCUUGAUUUCACCUAAUUUCAACAUUCUGUCAUGAAGAGCACAUGUUCAACUUCAUGAAAAACAUGUUUUCCCAUCUCAAAAAAGGACUAUACUAAGUGCCAAAUAAAGUAACAGGGUAUGCAGUAGCAGGGUUGACGGUUUCAUCUUAAAUCAGCUAUAAAUCCUCUCGUGACAGGGGGAAUGGAAGCUUGUUUUGUGUAACAAGGAGUGGCAACUGAGCCUGUCUAUCUAUGGGUGUUACGCUCGACCCGCUCAGUUUUCUACCACAAAACACUAGAACAUUAAAAAAAAGAUUAGAACCAGCUCACCUGCUUUUUUACGCUAUGAUUUAACUAUUAGAUGUUACAUAAAAAAAAAAAAAAGGAAUAGUUUCACCUUUAUUCAAAUGAGAGUUCAGUUCACGUAACAGGGUUGACCUUAAAAUGAGGUUCAGGCUUAAAUGAAUCACUAAUCACAUUAAAUAAAUAACAAUCUUCCGAUAUAACUUUGUCAAAGUAACAAAAUAAUUUGGGCUUUACAAUGAUGGUGAAACUUGGAGAAAUUUGGGGAAUAUGUGGGUUGAAAUCUUCCUAGAAGUGACACAGGGUUGACGGAGGGACAUUUAUUGAAUGUUGUCUAUAUUAAAGGGCACUUCAUUUAAUAUAACAGGCUUUUAAAAUGCAAUAUUGGCGCACAAUUUCUAUUUAAAAUAUCAAAGGGAUGCAAAAGGCACUCUUUUCGUGGAACGACCCAUGUGUAUAUCUGUCGUGUUAACAGGAAAGCUCAAGUGCUGAAGGCCUUGAACCGGACCACAGAAGCACACAGUAUCCUGCAGAGGCUGCAGCUGUACUGUGAGAAGACCAAGUACACAGAGAUGAUCAUCAGGUAGGCCAGCACUCUCUAAAUGAAACACCAGACUCCAUAUCUGUCGAUGGAGUCCUUGAAUGUCGUGUGAAUGUGUUUAUCAAGUUGUCAAGGCUAUUUUUGGGGUGUAAGGGUUGUUUAUCAGAUAUGUGUUUUAGAUAUGUUUGUAUGCAUUGUGCAGGGUGAUGCUGGCCACAGCUGAGCUACAUUGGGAGUCGUCAGGUUUUGCCACAGCCCUUCCUCUCCUGCUGCAGGCCCUGGCCCUGGCCAGACAGCACCACCUACAGGCCCUGGUCUCCGAGACCAUCCUUCAUCUGUCUUUCACUCAGGUCAGCACAACAGACUCACACACGCAAUAUUUAACCCUGUUAUGGCAAACACACCACUGUAUACUCUGUAUAAAACCCCUACACAUACUCAUACACACAUAUUCUCAGAUAUACACAUCUUCAAACCCUUUAACUUAGACGGAAUUGCAUACUGUAUGCAAAGCAAACUCCCACAUUUAGGCAAAACAAGGAAAUUCAUACUGGUUUAUAUUUAAAAACUCCAAUAGUUUGUGUUCUUCUCCUUCCCCCUGUCCAGUUGAUGCUGGGAGUGCCGGAGCAGGCUCUGUGUGUCCUUCAUGAGGCGAUGGAGCCCAUCCUGGCCCAUGGAGCGGUCAUGGAUAAGGGCAGAGCUCUGCUGCUGGCAGCCCGCUGUCAGAUGGCCAUGGCUGGGACCCGGCCCAACGGCCAGAGGCAUGCAGGUACCGCACAUCCCCAACACCAAAACGUAAUAUCACUAACUACCUCAAAGAAAUGUACAUGUUUGUGGAUACAAUUACUUUGUCAUGUAAGUACACAGACAGGAGUCGUUCAGAGUCUUCCUCCCUGUUGUCUCCCUCCAGCUUUGGGCCUGGCUGUGCAGACAUUGGGCGAGGCUGCAGCCUACUUCUCCAUGCUGGACUGUAAGGAGCGUCUCCGUGACGUCCACUACCUGCAGGCCCGGCUGCACCACACCCUGGGACAAACCCCCCAACGCAACAAAUGUGCCAUGCUGUUCCGCCUCCUGGACCAGGAGCUGCAGGCGCCGGGGGCAGCUGUUGCCAUGCGACUCUGAACAGUCAUCACCACCCUACCUUCUCCGACACAGACCGGUACAUAAACUUUUGUACUCUGUCAUUGUCAUGGACUUCUCAUUCUAUCCUGUAUUUUGGUUGAAAUUACUGCAUUACUUGUGUGUUAGAGUAGAGAAACAACUGGUUUAGGGCACUCCCAAUUUACAUUGCCAACUUGUAUCGUCUAUCUACAAUAUAAAGAUCAGACUUCAAGUCUCUAUAAUCUUAUUUCUCACGUUUGUUGUCCUUUUUUUUUGCAAAACGGAGAACAAGAGAUUUUGUUCAACCUGAAAAUGUUUGUCUGACAACCACUAGAUGUCAAGCACAGCUAUUGGAGAAAAGGUGCAGCCUGGUUUGGCCUCCCCACAAAUGUAACGUUUAUUUGCAGUAAAAACAGUUCCAACAAACG